AUGGCACGUAGCAGUGACCAAGUUAGCUGCAGGCGACGAAGGAAGGACUACAAAGACCUACUGAAAUCGCUUGAGAACCCCGUCCCCUGUCCUGGCCCUGAAAGCGCCCAGUCCCAAGUGGUUUUCGGUGUCCGUGGUCGCGUCCUACCCCCCACGGGGUCCCCACCGACUGGUCCGAUGGCCCCUGUGCCGAAGACUUGCCGCAUAUGUGAUACCGCGCCCCAGGUACCUCCGGAUGAGGAGCUGGACACGACGGAGGCCCAGCCUACCGAUGACGUUCCACGCGAUGACUCUCAUGGCAUCGUUGAGUAUAUCAACAAUCUCCUGCUUUUGAUUUCCGACAUUAAUCUCCGGAACAAAGCCGAGUUGGCCCUCAGCGAGUCCGACGGAAUUCGGCGGCGUCGCCACCAACGCUCCGCCAUAUACAAAUUCUUGCAAAGACUCCAUUCUAGAAGCCCGAAGUCGGUGGCCGAGAGGUUCCUCGACAGCGAUCUCUCCUACGAGGGCCUCGUUGCCGAGCGAUCCUUUUCGGACGAGGACUUUCUACGUAAAUGGAAACCGGUUUUCGAACGCGACUGCUUUGCGGACCUGGCCGAAGAACAUCCUGGCCAACCGAUAAACGAUCUCAUGUCCCCUAUCCUCGUUUCCGAUAUUGUUUCCGCCCUCGCGUCAAUGAAAGAAUCUUCCCCCGGACCUGAUGGCCUCCACCUUAACACCUUGCGGGAUAUUCCCGUACAGGUCAACACCCUGCUAUGUAACUUGCUGCUGCUGAAGGGUCCGCCACCAUCCAAGGGUAGAGCCGGUAAUAUUUUCACUUCUCGGGUGACUUUCAUCAUGAAGGUGGAUGUACCCGGCGACCCCUUGGAAUUUCGACCUAUCGCCAUUGGAACUACUUUGUGCGAGUGUACCACCGAGUCCUAG